GAAACCGAAUGUAAGUUUACCAACAAAUUUGGUUCCCCGUUCUUUCCGUGUAAUGUAGUGCUGAUUCGGAAACCAAUAGGCGGCGGAAAUUAAUAUCAAGCAUGGCGGCGAUUGAGAUUCCGCUUCGGGACACAGACGAGGUCAUAGAGCUUGAUCUAGACCAGCUUCCUGAGGGGGAAGAAGUUCUCAGUAUUCUGAGACAGGAAGUGGCACCGCUCCAUAUCUGGUACACUCUAGCUCUGGAAUACUACAAGCAGAGUCUUGUUGAGGACUUUGUGAAAAUCCUUGAUGCUUCAAGAACAGAUGCUGGUCUGGACUACACUAACAGUGAGAAAGAUCAAAUGAAGGCUUUAGAUACUCUAGCAGCAUACUAUGUGCAGAAAGCACACAGAGAGAAGAAUAAAGACAGGAAAAGGGAGCUAUUCACUCAGGCCACUUUGUUAUACACAACAGCAGAUAAAAUAAUCAUGUACGACCAGAAUCAUUUACUUGGGCGUGCCUACUUCUGUUUGCUUGAAGGAGAUAAAAUGGACCAGGCAGAUGCACAGUUUAACUUCGUAUUAGGCCAGGCAACCAACAAUAUCCCGUCAUUGCUUGGGAAAGCAUGUAUUGCUUUCAACAAGAAGGAGUUCCGUGGUGCACUGGCAUACUAUAAAAGAGCUCUUAGAACAAACCCUAGCUGUCCUGCAUCUGUCCGUCUUGGAAUGGGACAUUGCUUCAUCAAACUGAACAAGAUUGACAAAGCCAGAAUGGCUUUUGAGAGAGCGCUACAGUUAGACCAUCAGUGUGUAGGUGCCCUUGUUGGACUGGCCAUACUGGAGUUGAAUGCUAAAACACAGGACUCUAUCAAGAAUGGUGUACAGUUACUGUCAAAAGCAUACAACAUUGACUCCACCAAUCCUAUGGUCCUUAAUCAUCUAGCUAACCAUUUCUUCUACAAAAAGGAUUACAAAAAGGUGCAGCAUUUGGCCUUACAUGCCUUCCAUAACACAGAGAAUGAGGCAAUGCGUGCCGAGAGUUGUUACCAAUUAGCUCGAGCUUUUCAUGUGCAGGAGGACUAUGAUCAGGCAUUUCAGUAUUACUACCAGGCCACACAAUUUGCAUCUCCUAAUUUUGUUUUACCAUUCUUUGGUCUUGGACAGAUGUAUAUCUAUAGAGGAGAUAAUGAAAAUGCAUCCCAAUGUUUUGAGAAAGUGUUAAAAGCCCAGUCCAACAACUACGAGGCAAUGAAGAUUCUAGGAUCUCUGUACUCAAACUCUCCCGAUCAAACAAGGAAGGAUACUGCAAAGGCUCAUCUGAAGAAAGUCACAGAACAGUUUCCUGAUGAUUUGGAGGCCUGGAUAGAACUUGCUCAGAUCUUAGAGCAGUCUGAUGUACAGGGAGCUCUGUCAGCAUACGGGACAGCUACUCGUAUUCUUAGAGAAACGGUCAAACAAGAUGUUCCACCAGAGAUUCUCAACAAUGUGGCAGCUCUCCAUUUCAGGCUGGGCAAUCUGUUGGAUGCUAAAAAAUACUACACUGCAUCCUUGGAACGUUCGAGGGCAGAAGCAAUGCAUGACGAGACAUAUUUCAGUGCAAUUUCUGUGACAACUACGUACAAUCUUGCUCGACUCCACGAAGCUACACACGAAUAUGAUGAGGCAGAGAGAUUAUAUAAAAAUAUCCUCCGUGAACAUCCCAACUAUGUUGACUGUUAUCUAAGACUGGGAUGUAUGGCAAGAGAUCGAGGACAGAUUUAUGAGGCUUCUGACUGGUUUAAAGAAGCAUUGCAGAUAAAUCAGGAUCAUCCAGAUGCCUGGUCACUGAUUGGCAAUCUUCAUCUUGCCAAGCAAGAGUGGGGUCCAGGACAGAAGAAGUUUGAGCGUAUCUUGGCACGGCCGGCAACCAAGGAUGAUGCCUACUCUCUCAUUGCUCUUGGAAAUGUCUGGCUUCAAACUUUACAUAUGCCAAUGAAAGAUAAAGAUAAGCAAAAACGUCAUCAAGACCGAGCACUAGCCAUGUAUAAACAGGUGCUGAGAAAUGAUGAUAGAAAUAUCUGGGCUGCUAAUGGAAUAGGUUGUGUGUUGGCCCACAAAGGAUGUAUCAAUGAGGCAAGAGAUGUGUUUGCCCAGGUGAGAGAAGCCACUGCAGACUUCUGUGAUGUAUGGUUAAACAUUGCACACAUCUAUGUUGAGCAGAAACAGUAUGUUGCUGCCGUUCAGAUGUAUGAAAAUUGUCUAAAGAAGUUUUUCAAGUACCACAACACUGAAGUAAUGGUAUAUUUAGCAAGAGCCUACUACAAAUGUGGAAAACUGAGGGAAUGUAAAAAUAUUUUACUGAAGGCACGACAUGUGUCACCCAGUGACACUGUACUUCUGUAUAAUAUUGCCUUGGUGCAACAGAAACUUGCCACCUCUAUAUUGAAAGAUGAGAAAAGUAACCUGAAAACUGUACUGUCUGCUGUGAGAGACCUUGAGCUAGCUCACAGAUAUUUUUCCUACCUGAGCCACCAUGGUGAUAGAAUGAAGUUUGAUCUUGCCCAGGCAGCCACUGAGGCCAGGCAGUGUUCAGAUUUGUUGAGUCAGGCCCAGUAUCAUGUUGCACGUGCACGUAAGAUAGACGAGGAAGAACAGGAGCUUCGUAAACAUCGUGAGGAAGAACGAGAAGCUAUACGCCAGAAAUACAAGGAGGAACAACUACAGAAACAGAAGAAGAAGGAGGAAUUGUCGAAAAUGAUGAUGGAAAAAAGACAAAUCUAUGUUGAUAAAGCUAAACAGAUUGCUCUUGAACCAGAACCUGAAGAAAGAAGGUCGACUAAGUCAAAGAAAAAGCGGGCAGAGGAUGGUGAAAUCUUGUCCGAAGGAAGUGAAGAUGAGAGGCCUCGUAAGAAAAAACGUGGACGUAAACCACGCAGUGGGUCAGAGAGUGAAGGUGAUGAUGAAGAGAGGUCAAGUAAACGUAAACGCAAGGAGAAAGGGGAAAGAAAGCCCCGUGAGCGGAAGAGGAAGGAACCCAAGGACUCGAAGCGUAAGAAGAAGAUUAUAGAUGAGGACGGACUGACUGCCAAACAGAGACGUAAAAUUGUAUCCAAGGCUACCAUCUCUUCUAGUGAAGGCUCAGACUCAGAGGGAGAAAAACUGAAGAUAGAUGUAGGAGGUGAUAGUGGUAGUGAUAACGAGGGUGGAAAUGUUGGCAAGAGACGUAGAAUCUUGUCCUCUGGUAGUGAGAGUGACGAGGGUUCUGUACAUAGAUCUAGGUCAAGGUCACAGUCUGGAAGUAGGUCAGGAUCUGGUAGUCGCUCUAGAAGUCGAUCUGGUAGUAGGUCAGUGAGCAGAAGUAGAUCAAGAUCAGCAAGUGGGUCAAGAUCUGGUUCACCAGGUUCAAGGAAGUCAAGGUCACGUUCUAGAAGUAGGUCAAGGUCCGGAAGCCCAGCAGGUUCAGCAAGAUCUAGGUCAGGGAGUCCUGCUGGAUCUGGUAGUGGAAGGUCAAGAUCACCGAGUCCUGCUGGAUCACACAGGUCACGGUCAGGUAGUCCAGGUCAAAGAUCAGGGUCACCAGCUUCUCCGGCUGGUUCAGGGAGUGGUGGAGAAUGAAAUAUUUGAAGAUAUUUCAUGGCGAAUGAAAUAUUCGAAGAUAUUUCAUGGCUACUAGUGCUAAAAGACGAUAUCAAUCACACGUUAGUGUUUUCAAUUGAAAAGUGGAAAGACGAUAAACUGUAAAGUAAAGAGAAAAACGAAACUGUUGUUUAACAAAUGCUGUAUCCCAAACAGUGAUUUUAUCAUUAAAUGAAUUCAUUGUUCAGAUGUGAAGAAGUAUCAUAAGACCACACUGACAGACUGAUUUUAUUCCAGAAUAUAUCAGUUUUUGAAAUAUGCUAUUUCAGUUCUAACAUGGUAUCAAAAAAUACUACCUACAUUCUUCACAAUAUACACAAACUGUCUGUUUUUUGUCCUGUUCCAUUGUGCUGCUCUGAUAUUUAAAUGCUGUAUGGUAAUAAUUGUAACAGACAGCAGUCCUUUUGUUGUAUUAUGCAUAGGAAAACAAACUGGUUUGUGUUAGAAUGAGUUUUAUAAAAAUGAGAGAUCAGUGUAAGUAGCCAAUUUGUGGUAUUUUCAUACUUUGUAAUGUAAAAUCAUGUAUAUUUUUUAUUUGGCUAAAAUUUCAUUGACUGCAGUUUUGAGGUUAAAAAUAUACAUAAUCAUGAAAACAUGAGAACUGAAUGACUAAUGAAGAUCACAUAUAACUAGUUGUUGUAAAUUCUGUAUGAAUCUCCUUCAAGUUCUGUAUUUCCUUCAUGACACCUCUGAAAGUAUAUGCUACUAGAGUAUUCUUAUGUUUGUUAAAAGAAUAUUGCACUGUUUGCAUUUCUUGUGUUACAAUAUCUGCAGAAUCUGGAGUGAUUGGUGGUUGACCAAGCCUACAAGGGUUAUUAUUGCAAGAUGCAUAAACAAGUUCUUCUUUAUAAUAAUAGACAGUUUUAUGCUAGAGUGGUUGUUAUAAACAUUUUUGCUGCACUAAUGUAUUUUUGUUUCAUUUUAUGCUGCACUUACACAUAGAUUAAUGUUAGCAUGAAAACUGAAAAAGGUGAAAAUAAAUCUAUGUGAAUAGUUGAAAUUUGUGAUAUAAUUUACACCAUGGUAAUCUGCAGCCUUGAAUAGAAAUGUUUGUGUGAAAAGUGAACAAGAUGAAACAAUUUUAGUGUUUUGCAAUGUUUAAGCAGUAGUCCAUUUGACAAUUCUGAAGGAAUUAAUUGGUGUUGCUGUGUGCACUGCGUGUAGGUAGCUGGCUUGGUUGAGAGAUAGGAAAUCCAUUGUGGAGGGCUAGAUUCUGCUACAUUUGAUAUAGCUGAUACAGUAUACCACUCUUGUCAUAACCUUGAAAUAGAUUGUUGUAAAUACAAAAUUGUACAUAUUUUUUAGACACAUUAUAUGUCAGUUCAUGCUUUUUGAAGAAAUAAAUAAAUAAAAACUCAUAA